AUGCAGCAAUCCAGUUCGCAAGAUGCUACGACGCAUACAGCCACGAAGGUCAGUGAUUCUACAAAGAAUGACAAUGCAACUGGAAUCACUAGCAGGGAUAUACCCCAAAAAGUCUGGGAGGAGGUACCUGAAGGCAGGUUUACUGAUGUGAGCUUGGAAACGAUUCGGCAGAUGCAAAGCAAGUGGUCCACAGAACGUAAUUUUACACCGAAGAAUACCCCCAGGAAUCUGCUACUGGCUAUGACAGGCGAGGUUGGGGAAGUCUCCGAGAUAUUUAUGGUGUGUACUACGUGUGAAUGUUCUGAAUGUAGGAUAGAACAUGAAGUAGGCAAUGGUCUAGUGGUUAGUCGUACUGAGAGCUCUAGAUGGUGAGUACAUUCGCGAAG